UACCUCUAGCAUUUUCUGACAAGGCAAACAGUGUUAAAAAGGAGUGAUGUGAGUCUUAGUUAGUUUUAUCCUCAACGAGACAUUUCAACUUCAACAAUAAUCAGCAUUUCCUAUUGUUUAUAAGAGCCUGUUGAGCAGAGAAGUUAACAAUCAACUUCAUUUGUAAGAUGGCAUUUUCUGAAGAAAGGCCUGUGAAGGAAGCCAAAGGAGAGAGCGCAGAGGAGGAACCAAACUGGCUUGAAUUAAUUCCUGUUGAACUCGCUGCUAGGAUUCUAAACAAGCUUGGUAUCUUUGAAAUUUUCACCAAUGCAAGCCUAGUGUGUCCCUUCUGGUUGAAAGUUUGCAAGAAUCCCCUCACUUGGCGCACCAUUGACUUGACCAAUCACUCUCACCAUGCAGGGUCCAAAUUGCUCAAGUUUUGUCUCCAUGCCAUUGAACGAAGCUGUGGUUCUUUGGAAGACAUUAGUAUUGAGGAUUUUUGCACUGAUGAAAUCCUCCAAUCCAUUGCUGAUAGCGGAAGUCACCUACGACGAAUGCGGCUUUUGAACUGCUGGGAGAUUUCUGAUGAACAAUUGAGUGAGACUGUGAAGAAGCUUCCACUGUUGGAGGAGUUUGAAAUUUCAUUCAGCCCCCUAUCUAAGGACACUUUGGAACUCAUGGGCAAAUGUUGCCCACAUUUGAAAGUGCUGAAAUUUAACAUGAGGGGACUGAAAGGCUUUGAAUGUGAUGAUGAGGCAUUUGCUAUUGCAAAAACCAUGCCUCAGCUGUGUCAUCUUCAGCUUUUGGGAAACAGGCUCACUAAUAAUGGCUUGAUUGCUAUUCUUGAUGGGUGCCCUCAUCUUGAAUCUCUUGACCUGCGUGCUUGUUCUAAUGUUGUUCUGAGUGGAAGAUUGAAGGAAAGGUGUCUUAAGCAGAUCAAAGAUUUACGUCUUCCAGAGGAUGUGAGUGAAGUUCCCAAGUAUGUUGAUGUUGAAGGUUGUGGCUGUGGAUGUGAGGAUGAUCACAAGGGUAAUUUAGCAGCACUUGUAGCACUAGAUUUUAAUGAUCUUCCGCAAGACAUCCUUGAUCUAUUAUGAUUCAUGUUUUAGUUUAGUAAUCCUAUGUUCCUUUUAGCAGUAUAUGAAGCACUUGAUCUUGAUCUUGAUCUUGAUCUUGUGGCUGACUACUUUGGUCUAUUAUGAUUCAUGUUUUAGUUUAGUGAUCCUAUGUUCUUUUUGGUUAUUUUGAUCACCUGCAGCCACGUACUGUUCUAUAUGGCAUUUGUUUUUGGUUUUCAAAGAGACUCAAUGUUGUUUUAAAUGCCAUGGUCCUUUUACUUUUGUAGCGUGUCCUAGAUAACUCAGGUUUUGAGUUUACUUGUCUUGAUAGAUCCUUAUGAACUCUUGUAUUCUAAUUCUAAUAUGAUGGAUGCUGCUGGUUACUAGUUUAAGUCCAAUUUUGCCAUUAGUCUAUAUCUCCA